CGAAGGACCCACUAACGGCGGCUCAUCGUCGGCUUCCCACAGUUUCAUGGAGACUAUUUAGUUUAUAUGAAACUUUAUCCGUCUGAAAUCAGAAUCAUCCUAACUAAGACGCCGUUCUAGGCCGAGCUAAGUGCUCUGUCUGCAGCCCCUGAAGAACCUUGUGGGGAAGCCAGAGAAAAGGAGCCAUGUUUCUGUACAACAUCACCCUGCAGCGUGCCACGGGCAUCACUCAUGCCAUCCAUGGAAACUUCUCAGGAACCAAGAUGCAGGAGAUUGUUGUUUCCAGGGGAAAAAUCUUGGAAUUAUUGCGGCCAGAUGCCAACACAGGAAAGGUGCACACUUUGCUCACAGUGGAGGUGUUUGGCAUCGUUAGAUCCCUGAUGGCCUUCAGACUAACUGGAGGAACCAAAGACUACAUUGUUGUUGGGAGUGACAGUGGUCGUAUUGUCAUCCUGGAAUAUCACCCAUCGAAAAACCAGUUUGAGAAGAUCCAUCAGGAAACAUUUGGGAAGAGUGGCUGCCGGCGCAUCGUCCCUGGACAGUUCCUGGCUGUCGACCCAAAAGGCAGAGCUGUUAUGAUAGGAGCUAUAGAGAAGCAGAAGCUGGUUUAUAUUCUGAACAGAGACGCAGCUGCCAGACUGACCAUCUCCUCUCCACUGGAAGCCCAUAAAGCAAACACACUGGUCUACCAUGUAGUGGGAGUCGAUGUCGGCUUUGAAAAUCCCAUGUUUGCCUGUCUGGAGAUGGACUAUGAGGAAGCUGACAAUGACCCGACAGGAGAGGCUGCCGCCAACACGCAGCAGACACUCACCUUUUACGAGCUGGAUCUCGGCUUGAAUCAUGUGGUGCGCAAGUACAGUGAAGCAUUAGAAGAGCAUGGAAAUUUCCUCAUCACCGUUCCUGGUGGUUCAGACGGGCCCAGUGGAGUUCUGAUCUGCUCUGAAAACUACAUCACUUACAAGAAUUUUGGAGACCAGCCCGACAUUCGCUGUCCCAUCCCACGACGCAGGAAUGACCUAGAUGACCCGGAGCGCGGCAUGAUAUUUGUUUGCUCAGCCACCCACAAGACAAAGUCCAUGUUCUUCUUCCUGGCCCAGACAGAGCAGGGAGACAUCUUUAAGGUUACCCUGGAAACAGAUGAAGAAAUGGUCACAGAAAUCAGGCUGAAAUACUUUGACACAAUCCCUGUGGCAACAGCCAUGUGUGUACUGAAGACCGGCUUCUUGUUUGUGUCUUCAGAGUUUGGAAACCAUUACCUUUACCAGAUUGCCCACUUGGGUGAUGAUGAUGAGGAGCCUGAGUUCUCCUCUGCGAUGCCACUGGAGGAGGGAGACACCUUCUUCUUUCAACCCCGCCCUCUCAAGAACCUGGUGCUGGUGGAUGAACAGGAGAACUUGUCACCCAUCAUGUCCUGCCAGAUUGCUGAUUUGGCCAAUGAAGAUACACCACAGUUGUACGUCGCCUGUGGACGAGGACCCCGGUCUACUCUGAGGGUCCUUAGACAUGGACUGGAGGUAUCAGAGAUGGCUGUGUCUGAGCUGCCCGGUAACCCCAACGCUGUGUGGACAGUACGCAGACAUGUGGACGAUGAGUUCGAUGCCUACAUCAUAGUGUCUUUCGUGAAUGCUACUCUGGUUCUGUCCAUCGGUGAGACUGUAGAGGAAGUGACAGACUCUGGAUUUCUGGGAACAACACCCACUCUCUCCUGCUCCCUGCUCGGUGAAGACGCCCUGGUGCAGGUGUACCCAGACGGUAUUCGCCACAUCCGAGCAGACAAGCGUGUGAAUGAGUGGAAGACUCCCGGUAAAAAGACCAUUGUCCGCUGUGCUGUGAACCAGCGACAGGUCGUUAUCGCACUCACUGGAGGAGAGCUGGUCUACUUUGAGAUGGACCCGUCGGGCCAGCUGAAUGAGUACACCGAGCGGAAGGAGAUGUCUGCAGAUGUGGUUUGUAUGAGCUUGGCCAAUGUUCCACCUGGUGAACAACGUUCGCGAUUCCUGGCCGUGGGACUUGUUGACAACACUGUCCGAAUCAUUUCCCUGGACCCUUCGGACUGCCUGCAGCCGCUGAGUAUGCAGGCUCUGCCCGCCCAGCCAGAGAGUCUCUGUAUUGUUGAGAUGGGAGGCGUCGAGAAACAGGAUGAACUUGGAGAAAAGGGAACCAUCGGCUUUCUCUACCUCAACAUAGGGCUUCAGAACGGUGUGCUGCUGAGGACUGUGCUGGACCCAGUGACUGGUGACCUGUCAGAUACCAGAACACGCUACCUGGGUUCACGACCUGUCAAACUCUUCAGAGUCAGGAUGCAGGGACAGGAAGCUGUGCUGGCAAUGUCCAGUCGCUCCUGGCUCAGCUACUCGUACCAGUCUCGCUUCCAUCUGACCCCUCUGUCAUAUGAGACCCUGGAGUAUGCCUCUGGCUUUGCCUCCGAGCAGUGCCCUGAAGGUAUCGUGGCCAUUUCCACCAACACACUGAGAAUCUUGGCUUUGGAGAAAUUAGGAGCUGUCUUCAACCAGGUGGCCUUUCCUCUGCAGUACACUCCCAGGAAAUUUGUCAUCCACCCUGAGACCAACAACCUGAUUUUGAUCGAGACUGACCACAAUGCCUACACCGAGGCAACCAAAGCUCAGAGAAAGCAACAAAUGGCUGAGGAGAUGGUGGAGGCUGCUGGUGAGGAUGAAAGAGAACUGGCUGCUGAAAUGGCUGCUGCUUUCCUCAAUGAGAAUCUCCCAGAAGCCAUUUUUGGCGCACCUAAAGCUGGAGCAGGACAGUGGGCCUCACUGGUGCGUCUUGUCAACCCCAUACAGGGUACAACACUGGACCAGGUGCAGCUAGAACAGAACGAAGCUGCAUUCAGCGUUGCAGUGUGUCGUUUCCCCAACACAGGAGAUGAUUGGUAUGUUCUGGUGGGCGUUGCCAGAGACAUGAUUCUCAACCCCAGAUCAGUGGGCGGUGGCUUUAUCUACACCUAUCGGCUCAUCAGCGGAGGGGAGAAACUGGAGUUUGUGCACAAGACCCCAGUCGAGGACGUGCCUUUGGCCAUUGCUCCGUUCCAGGGACGAGUCCUGGUGGGAGUUGGGAAACUUCUAAGAAUCUACGACUUGGGCAAGAAGAAGCUGCUUCGCAAGUGUGAAAACAAGCAUGUUCCCAACUUGGUGACUGGCAUCCAUACGAUAGGCCAGCGUGUGAUCGUCUCUGACGUGCAGGAGAGCCUGUUCUGGGUGCGCUACCGACGCAAUGAGAACCAGCUCAUCAUCUUUGCUGAUGACACAUAUCCUCGCUGGGUAACCACAGCCUGUCUGCUCGACUAUGACACCAUGGCCUCCGCUGACAAGUUUGGCAACAUCAGCAUUGUGCGUCUACCCCCCAACACCAGCGAUGAUGUGGAUGAAGACCCCACAGGGAACAAAGCUUUAUGGGACAGAGGCCUCCUUAAUGGGGCAUCACAGAAGGCUGAGGUGAUAAUGAACUACCACGUAGGAGAGACGGUGCUGUCCCUCCAGAAAACCACUCUGAUCCCCGGAGGUUCCGAGUCCAUGGUCUACACCACACUGUCUGGAGGCAUCGGCAUACUGGUUCCAUUCACCUCACACGAGGACCAUGACUUCUUCCAGCAUUUAGAGAUGCAUAUGCGCUCUGAGUUUCCUCCCCUGUGUGGCAGAGACCAUCUCAGUUUUAGAUCCUACUACUUCCCAGUCAAGAAUGUGAUUGACGGAGAUCUGUGUGAGCAGUUUAACAGUAUGGACCCUCACAAGCAGAAAAGUGUGGCUGAAGAGCUGGACAGAACGCCCCCUGAGGUCUCUAAGAAACUGGAGGACAUUCGCACUCGCUACGCCUUCUAAUCAUACAAAUUUAUGCAGCAGCAGUGGACAGAGACACACUCAUUAGGACCAUUACACACACAUCCUGCUCUGCCACAGUAUGCUCCUGUUAAGGACACAAAUGAGCAAACACGUAGGGGAUUGUUAGACGGUUGACUGUGGGCAUGCCUUAGGACAUGGAACAACAUCACAAGAUGUCACAAUCUUGUAAUUCCCGUACAUCGUUCCGUCAUUAUGCAACUCACACGCACCUCUUCCUUUCCGACGCAAAUACCUGUGUUUGAAACUACGUGUGUGAACAUUCAGUUUUGCCAUCACCCCACACGUACAUAUAUGCUGACUCAAUUACUGAGAAUUUUCUCAAGUUUUUCACACCUCCCCUGUGCUGAUGUCAGCAGAAACCAAACGCAGUUCAGCAACACCAUUACAUGGAAACAUGGCAGGAAGUCUCGGCCACUUCAGCUCUUUUACAUUGCUUAACUGUGUUGCCACAAUUACCUGCAUUCACACAUAGAGCUGUGUGAACAGCAUUCUCAAACAGACGACUGUCAUGAGCGUUAUUCACACACACACAAACACAAUUGUGUGAACAGAAUUCACACACAACCAAUUACGUGACAAGCAACUGUCCCACUGUCAUCUGCAGACCUAACAGUACAUACAUGCUGACCCCAUAUCAUCUGUGGGCAAGUGAAGCCAUUUUAUUUAAAGGCUUUUUAUCUCACGCCAAGCGGAGGAGUCUUGUUAUAUACACAGUGUAGAGACGAGUGUCACACUGCCUGGACAGAGGGCCGUUGAAAGCUGAGAAUACUUUUAGUGUCUGUAAAUUAAGGAGGUGUGUUUCAGUUGUGUCCUUAUUUUUGAUCUCAGCUAAUUGAAACAAAUGUGUUUUUGUAUGGUAUGAUUUUUUUAAACGUGUAUUGAUUAGAAUGACCUGUUAUGAUGCAUAUACCAUAGUCCAAGAUGGUAUUAUGAAAUCUUUGGUAGCCCUUUGCCCCACCUGUCUGUCCGUGACAUGUUGACCCCAGGCUCAUUCAAGCAUAUUGCUUACUUGCAAUUGGGAACCAAGCAGAAGCCAACGUCCAACCCAGUCGAAGCCUCAGGCCACACGGUUCAACAAUUGUUGCCAUACUGUGGCAUUAGACAACGGCUGAACUCAGACUAAAUAAGUGGGUGGAAGCACACUGAAGGUUUGCACUGGGUGUUGUUCUUCUCAGUCCUGUAAAUUCCCAACCUCAGCCACAGGCACAGACAUAGCAUUCCUCAGUAGUCACUGAAUUUAGGGGUUUGUGGGAUGGGGGCAGUGGUCUGUUUUUGUAAAUAAAGUUGUUGUUUUUUUUUUGUGUGCUUUAUAAUACUGUCUGUUUGUGUCAUUUCCUGCCACCGUGUGUGUGUGGAGAACCAUCACUCUGCCAAAGCAUUCAUGACUGAUUUGUCUCGAUCAUUAGCACAUCAGAUAUUAAGUUUUGUCAUUUUACGAUGACGUCAGCAUAGUAACAGUGCUCAUGCUGUGUUUUGAAUGAAAGUCAAAUUGCUUAAAUUUGAUGAAUUUGAGUUAGACCCUGCAGAUAAAACAGUCAUGGUAUUGUGCGCUAACUGGCUGGAGACACCAACUCUUCUAAAGUCGUGUUAAGGAGGACCUAAUAUGUUCAUUUUCAGGUUCAUACGUGUAUGUAAGGUUUCCACUAGGUAAUGGUAACAUGCUGUAAUGUUCCAAAACUAUUUACCUCAUACUGUCUGUGCUAGAACACCUGUAUUCACUCUCUGAGUCGUUCUGUUUAAGCACCCGUCUUUUAAACCCUCUCUCAAAAGUC